ACUGGCCCCUCCUCCUCAGGCUUGCGGAAUCGAGUACAUCUCUUUUUGCCUCUGACUCGACCUCGGAGCUUCUCUUUCUCUGCCUCCUAGCACUCUCAGCUCGCGGGAGCAGUUCAGAUCACACACACAGUCAGUCAGUCUGUCAGUCAGCCAAGUGCAAGUUGGGGAUCUCCUGUUUGACUUAAUUUCAGUUUACUUUACUUCUCUUCUUUGGAAUGUCUGGACUCUUUGAUGGUAUAGAAGAUGAUGAAGAUAUUUUUUCUUCAUCAUCAUCAGCACCGGCUGUACCCUCUACUUCUCUUCCCCCUCCUCUCCCGGUAGAGAAAGAGGCAAGUCCUCCUGACCUGUUUUCAGAACAGAGCAGUGACACUCAAAUGAAUCUCUUCAGUCCUGGAAAAGAUAAUGAAUUAUUUGGGUUUGAUCCUUCAAAGCCAAAAUCGGAUCUGUUUGGUGAUGAUGAUGAUGCUGCUCCAGAGAUGAAUAAAGCUUCACCAAGUGAUAGUAAGAGUCCUCUUGCUGAUCAAGAGGAUCAAGAGGACGAAGAUCAAGAGAAGAGUGAUGAAGUGGAUGAGGAAUUCGAAUUGAUUGAGUCAUCUGAGGCUCCACCUCCUGAAGAGGCUGAGAGGCAGAUUAAUGAGAUACAGGAGGAAGCAGAGAGACGGAGGAAAGAAGAAGAGGAGAAGGAGAAAGAGAAAGAAGAGGAAGAAGAAGAACAGAAAGAGACAACAUCAGAUGAGACAACUGAUGGAGCAAUAUUUACAAAGAUGUCUGCCACUAAGAAUGAUCCAAAAGAUGAUGAAGAUAAGCCAUUGACCACAGCUAGUCCCCCACUAUUAGAUGAUGAUGAUGAAAGCAGCAGUGAAGCCAUUAAUAAGGCUCAGCAGGAUCAAAUCAAUGAACUAACAAUGAAACUGCAGCAGACACAGUCUGAGCUAGCUGCUCUUAAAUCUCAGGUUGGGCAGUUGGAUGCUCAAUUGAAGGAGGAGAGAGAGAAGAACACCAAAUUAGAGGCAACCGUUAAAGAGAGAGACAAUGAGAUAGCAUCACUGAAGGCAGCAGCAGCAGAGUCUAGUGGUAAGUCACUGAGGAAGACAUCAAGCUCAGCUCGUAUUGGAUCCUCUUCCUCUACCUCUAUAUCCAGCCCAAGGACAGGUGCCAAAUUAGACAGGAAAGGCACUGCCAGUGUUGCUGAAACUGCUAAAAAGUUUGGAGGGACAAAGCCAUCACCACCAACCAAGCAAAGGAUAUCUGUGAGCAGUAAGCCAGACAAGCCUGAAAAGCCAGUAACACUAAAGGAUUCAUCAACUUCUAAGGUUUCUUCAUCAACAUCAUCUACAGCAGCUGCCAAAAAGGAAAGGACUACAUCCCAGUCCAGCCAAGAAGGUACUACUCAGUCUGUGGCUAGCAGUAAGAGAGAAGCAGCUGAAAAGGCAGCAGCUGCAAGAGCUGCAGCUGCACAAGAAAGAGAAAGAUCAAAGUCACAACAGGAAGCACCAUCUCCCAAAUCAAGCCCUUCCAAGCCUCCCAGGAGCAGAGGGUCAAGUUCAAUAACUUCAACUGCAUCAGCUCCAGAGUCAUCACCAAAAAUGUCUUCAUCCAAGGAAUCAAGGAGUGCACUGGAUGCCAUCAAGAUGUGGGAACAGAAGAGCUCUGGUGGUGUUUCAUCACCUCCUUCUUCCACUGACGCACCAAAAAAGAAGGUUCUCUCAGAGCAGCUCAGUGCUCCAAUGGUCUCCUCCAGUGAAGAUACAUCAACUGAAGUCGAGUCAGUAAAAGAGGAGCCAUCAGAGAAUGUCCCUCCUCCCAAAGGAGAGGGAGAGGCUAAGAAAGAUACAGAGAAGAAGGUUACGUUGAGAGAUAAGACAGUCGACAAAGACACAAGAGGAGCCUUUGCACAGUCUUGUGUUGUUCCUGGAGCAUCAUCUGGAAAAAAAUGGGGUCCAGUGUUGGAGAAGUGUGAGUUCUGUAAGAAGACAGUCUAUCAGUUGGAGAGGCUGCAAGCUGAUGGUAAAGUAUUCCAUAAAAGCUGCUUCAGGUGUACCCAUUGCAAGAAAGUUGUUGGAUUGGGUACAUAUGCUGCCAUUAAAGGUGAAAUAUACUGCAAGACUCACUUCAAGAUGCUCUUCAAGAUGAAGGGCAACUAUGACGAGGGUUUCGGUCGCUCGCAGCACAAGACAAAAUGGCUCAAUAAGUCGGACGGAGAGCAAAGCUCUAGCGAUCCAUCACUGGUGGCAGCUACUCAAUAAUAUAAGGGACACUGACCACAACCAUUUCGUUUCCUUUUACCCUGUGUAUAUUAAUUAUUAAAGAGUGGUCUUCUGCUUUUCUUAUGUAAACGGUAGCAGCAGCUGGUUAUAAUCUGCUUUCUCAUUACACUUAGUUAAUUAAUUAUUAGCUCCAAAAAAAUUGUAGUCUCUUCUCACUGUGUUUUCUCAAUUGAUAAUUUAUUUUAACGGAAACUGAUUCAACUUAUUAAUGUUUUAUUUUAACUUCUUAUUCUUGUUAUUUUAUUGUGAGCUCACAAGCAGUGUCUAUGUUAUUAUUGUUUUUUUUCUGCUAUUAUUAUUAUUGUUACAUCAGUUUCUUCUUAAAUGGAUUUUUCAUGUUUUAAAAGCAA